CAUUGCCACGAGGCAGAGGGAGGAGUUGGGCGCUCUCAUGACGAGGGUGGGCAAAGCGCGGCCCGCCAGCGGAAGGGAAUGACCUUCCGAGCGCAUGCAGGCUCCCAGAGGCAGGUCAAUCAAAGGUGUCCCCCCCCAUUUCAGAAGAGCUUCCUGCCUAAAUAUAACCCCUCUCACCCGGCACCCUCACCCUGCAGGAGGGGCUAUAAUUAACCCAAUGCGCAGUCCAAAAAUAAAGGUACAGAGGGAUCCCCGCCCCUGCCUUUCAGUGGACCCCACACAGGCCAGUCACAGGGGGAGGCGCGAGAAACCCGUCAGCAGCCCAGCUCUGACACCGAGAAAGCCCAGCGCCGGUCGGGCACUCUUGGUUCCGCUGGUGGCACCGACAGAAAGGGACCCCCGGCCAGCCUCUAAAAGAGCCGGCUCUCUUUCAGAGGGGCCCCCCAGCAGAGCCAGCUCCCUCUUGGGAGAGGCGAUGCCAGCCAGGACGUGCAGUUCUUCAUCCUGAGACCUCGAAGCCUGGAAGAGGUCAUGGGCGACUGGCAGCUGCUGGGGAGGCUGCUGGAGAGAGCCCAGGAGCACUCGACGGUGGUGGGCAAAGUCUGGCUGACGGUGCUCUUGCUUUUCCGUAUCCUGGUUUUGGGGGCCGGGGCCGCGGCCGAGAAGGUCUGGGGGGACGAGCAGUCCAACUUCUCCUGCGACACCAAGCAGCCGGGCUGCCAGAGCGUCUGCUACGACCAGACCUUUCCCAUCUCCCACAUCCGCUUCUGGGUCUUGCAGAUCAUCUUUGUCUCCACGCCCAGCCUCAUCUACUUGGGCCACAUCCUGCACUUGGUGCGCAUGGAGGAGAAAGAGCAGGAGGGCCUGCCCAAGACGCGGACGGCCGCCCUCAGCGGCCACCCCGCCUCCGUGCGGGAUGCCUGUGGCCGGAUCCGACUCCGAGGGGCCCUCCUGAGGACAUACCUUUGCAACAUCCUCUUCAAGGCUCUGCUGGAGGUGGGCUUCAUCCUGGGCCAGUACGUCCUCUACGGCUUCGAGCUGAAACCCCUUUACCGCUGCAGCCGCUGGCCCUGCCCCAACACGGUCAACUGCUACAUCUCCCGGCCCACCGAGAAGACUAUCUUCGUCCUCUUCAUGCUGGCCGUGGCCUGCCUCUCCCUCCUGCUCAACGUGGUGGAGGUCUGCCACGUGGCCCACAGCAAGUGGCGCCCGACAGGGGGUCUGGCGGAGAUGCCGGCCGACUCCCUGGCUCCUUGCCCCAGCCUCACGCCCGCCAACAGCAUCUCUUUCCAGGACAGCGAGAAAGUCAGUCCCGGCCCGGAGGGGGCCAGCCAAAGCCCCGCUUGGGGUGCAAACCAGAAGCACGGCAGCAAAGCCAGCAGCAAAUGGAGGCCCGGGGACCUGGCCGUUUAGGGUUACGGUUCGGCUCGCCCUCCUCGCCCGAGUCCCAGAAGACCCCCCCC